AUGCCCGAAACCCUCCGCGAGAAAGCAACCAAGAAGGCGCAGGGCCCGAACGCCAACCCAAGCCAACUCGGCGACCCGAUCAGCGUGAAAGCCGAGAGCAGCGAUACCGUGCCCACGGACGACGAAGGCGGCGCUGCUUCACAAUCUUCUUCGAAACUACCGAGCCAAGCCCGCACCGAGAGGAAUCAGAAAGGCGGACAAGGCGAGAGGCUGCGCGAGAAAGCGGCGAAGAAACUCAACGGCCCGGAUGCGAACCCGAGUAUGCUCGGGGAUCCGAUUAGUCUGAAGAACGAGACGACCCCGGGCGUGCCUACAGACAGUGAGAAAGGCGCGAGGGAGGGGGAGAAGGUUGGGAGACGGGAUUCGAGGUUGUGA